CGCGGCGUGUUGCGUAGCGCUCUAGUGUCGUCCGUCUGCGGGGUGCCGGAGUGUCAGUUGAAAGCGCCCCGGAGCAGCAGCCGCCCGCCCGCCCGCCUCAGGAGGGAGAGGAAGUCGACUGAAGCCACGCUAGACUCUGCUUGUCGUCCGGCCCGUGUUGCUGCCGUGUGAGGAGGAGCCAUGGAGGAGAAGCCGUUGCAGAAGCAGCAGGCUCCUCACACGCCGCCUCCUGCGCCUCGCUCAGGCUCUCCCCGGCUGAAGGCAGGAGGAGGAGCCGCCGUUGCAGCAUCAUCUGGGGCCGCUGAAGAAGAUGCUCUGGCCGGUGGCGGCUCCUUGUCAUCGGAGGCUGAGGCCGGGCUGGCCCCCGCCUUAGCAGCUGGCGACGGGCUUUGCAGACCGCUGGGUCCCACGCCGAGCCAGAGUCGUUUUCAGGUGGACUUGGUGGCAGAAAACUCCGGCCGAGCAGCAGCGGAUGAGAAGGCGGGCAUGGCGGAGUCAUCCUCUAAGCCCCCCGGGGAUGGGAAGGGAAGCGAAGAAGCCAAAGGCCGAUUCCGGGUCAAUUUCGUGGACCCCUCUGCCAGGGACGAGAGCUCUGGUGAGCUUGGAGGUGGCGAGGUAUUCAAUGUCAGCUUCCAAAACGGCGGUGACACGGUGCUGAGCGAAGGAAGCCUCCAUUCUGGGGGAGGCGGCUCAGGAGGGCACCAUCACUACUACUACGACACCCACACCAACACCUACUACCUGCGCACCUUCGGCCACAACACCAUCGAUGCUGUGCCAAGGAUAGACUAUUACCGGCACACUGCUGGUGGUCUGGGGGAGAAGCUCAUCCGGCCCAGUCUGGCUGAACUACACGAUGAGCUGGACAAGGAACCUUUUGAAGAUGGAUAUGCAAAUGGAGAAGAAGGAACUCCUACUGGUGAGGCUACUGCUGCUUACGCUGCUGAUAGUAAAGGCGUUGUUAAAUUUGGCUGGAUCAAAGGUGUAUUGGUACGAUGCAUGCUGAAUAUAUGGGGUGUUAUGCUCUUUAUUAGAUUAUCCUGGAUUGUAGGACAGGCUGGUAUAGGACUCGCAGUGUUAGUCAUUGCAAUGGCCACUGUUGUAACCACUAUCACAGGCUUGUCUACAUCAGCAAUAGCAACCAAUGGCUUUGUGAGAGGAGGAGGAGCAUAUUAUCUGAUUUCCAGAAGCUUGGGUCCAGAAUUUGGUGGUGCAAUUGGCUUGAUAUUUGCAUUUGCUAAUGCAGUUGCUGUCGCCAUGUAUGUUGUUGGUUUUGCAGAGACAGUUGUAGAACUGCUUAAGGAACAUGGAGUAGUUAUGUUGGAUGGAACAAAUGACAUCAGAAUUAUAGGAGCCAUAACAAUUGUUAUUUUGUUGGGCAUCUCUGUAGCAGGAAUGGAAUGGGAAGCUAAAGCACAGAUUGUUCUGCUGGUGAUCCUGUUAGUAGCUAUCGUUGACUUUAUCAUAGGAACAUUUAUUCCAUUUGAGAGCAAGAAACCCAGAGGCUUCUUUGGCUACAAAGCUGAAAUAUUUUCAGAGAAUUUUGGGCCAGAUUUCCGAGAUGGGGAAACUUUCUUUUCGGUAUUUGCUAUAUUUUUCCCAGCUGCAACAGGCAUUCUGGCUGGCGCCAAUAUCUCAGGUGAUCUUGCGGAUCCCCAAUUAGCCAUUCCUAAAGGGACACUGUUGGCCAUCUUAAUUACUACUGUGGUUUACACAGGAAUUGCUGUAUCUGUAGGUUCUUGUGUUGUGCGGGAUGCAACUGGGAACAUCAAUGAUACAAUGAUCAAUGAAUUUACAAAUUGCACUACUGCAGCUUGCAAGCUGAAGUUUGACUUCUCUUCCUGUGAAAAGAUAAAGUGCAAUUAUGGGCUAAUGCACAACUUCCAGGUAAUGAGUAUGGUGUCAGGAUUUGCACCUUUGAUUUCAGCUGGUAUAUUUUCUGCCACUCUUUCUUCUGCGUUAGCGUCUCUUGUCAGUGCACCUAAAAUUUUCCAGGCUCUGUGUAAAGACAAUAUUUACCCAGGCUUCUCCAUGUUUGCUAAGGGCUAUGGAAAAAAUAAUGAACCUUUACGGGGGUAUCUUCUGACCUUCUUGAUUGGACUUGGAUUCAUAUUAAUUGCUGAACUGAAUCUUAUUGCUCCAAUUAUCUCCAACUUCUUCUUGGCCUCUUAUGCCUUAAUUAACUUUUCAGUGUUCCAUGCUUCCCUUGCAAAAUCCCCAGGUUGGCGUCCUGCUUUUAAGUACUACAACAUGUGGGUGUCCCUAGUUGGAGCAAUACUUUGCUGUAUAGUGAUGUUUGUCAUUAACUGGUGGGCAGCACUUCUCACUUAUGUCAUCGUUUUAGGACUCUACAUUUAUGUAACUUACAAGAAGCCAGAUGUAAAUUGGGGAUCUUCAACUCAAGCCUUGACUUAUCUAAAUGCACUGCAGCAUGCUGUUCGCCUUACGGGUGUGGAAGACCAUGUGAAAAACUUCAGCCUCUUUGGAGCAGUAGCCAUUAAAGGUUCUCGUAGGAGGCAGCCUAGUUUAUCAGAGGCCGCGAAAGUUCGUCAUGAGAGUGGUCCUCCAACUCCUCGGUUCCGCACUGUUUAUCACUCUGAGGUGUAUAGGAACCUUCAAAGCAUAGAUAAAUCUGGUAAUACUGAACAAACACUAAAGGGUCCUCGCAGGCAAGCCAUGAAAGAAUUAUCCAAUGACAUGUCCAGAUUCCAGCGGUGGCUAAUUAAAAACAAAAUUAAAGCCUUCUAUACUCCAGUACAUGCAGAAGAUUUGAGAGAUGGCGCACAAUACUUAAUGCAGGUAUGCAGGUUUAAUGUAGCCAAACACUCUUUCGUCUAUUGCCCAUUUAAGAAAGAUUGGCAGUCAGCUGACAUGAGGGAUGUCGAUAUCUACAUCAACUUACUACAUGAUGCCUUUGAUGUUCAGUAUGGAGUGGUUGUAAUCCGGAUGAAGGAAGGUCUGGAUAUUUCUCAUCUUCAGGGACAAGAAGAAUUACUGUCAUCACAAGAGAAGUCUCCUGUAACCAAAGAUAUUAUAGUAAAUGUAGAUUACAGCAAGAAGACAGAGAUAAUCACUUCUAAGCCUGUGAGUGAAAAAGCUCCUGUUCAGAAAGAAGAUGAAGAUGAUGUCAAGAAUCCAACACAGCCACUUUUGAAAAAAGGCCCAUCUGCUCCUCUGGACUUGGCUGAUCAAAGACUCCUCGAUGCAAGUUCUCAAUUUCAGAAGAAACAAGGCAAAAAUAAUAUCGAUGUCUGGUGGCUUUUUGAUGAUGGAGGAUUGACAUUGUUGAUUCCAUAUCUUCUAACAACCAAGAAAAAGUGGAAAGACUGUAAGAUCAGGGUGUUUAUUGGUGGGAAAAUAAACAGAAUUGAUCAUGACAGAAGAGCGAUGGCUACAUUGCUUAGCAAAUUUCGAAUAGAUUUCUCAGACAUCAUGGUCCUGGGUGAUAUUAAUACAAAGCCAAAGAAGGAAAAUGUUGCAGCUUUUGAUGAAAUGAUUGAGCCAUUCAGACUUCAUGAAGAAGAUAAAGAACAAGAUGUUGCAGAUAAAAUGAAAGAAGAUGAACCUUGGAGAAUCACAGAUAAUGAAAUUGAGCUGUACAAAACCAAGAGUCACCGCCAGAUUCGGCUAAACGAAUUACUGAAAGAGCAUUCAAGCACAGCUAACCUAAUUGUUAUGAGUUUGCCAGUGGCACGAAAAAGUGCAGUAUCAAGUGCACUCUACAUGGCUUGGAUAGAAGCUCUUUCAAAGGAUCUGCCACCAAUUCUUCUUGUUCGUGGAAAUCACCAGAGCGUUCUUACUUUCUAUUCCUAAACACUACUGUACAACAAACAGCUGCAAAGAAAUGGUACUUCAGUGCCUAAAGGAGAGAGACUGGGAUGUUCGAUUAAAAUAUUAACAUCACAUGCAGGCAAAAAUGAUUACUCUCACUGUUCCACUGACUUGAACAAAGCACACAAGGAAAGUCACUGUACUCCUAAAGUUGCGAAAGCUUCAAUUGUCUUAAUUCUUCUGUAAUUUAACCUUGCUUAAUGGAGGAAGAUUCUUUGUUAGAAUCUGAAGAAUGAAUACACAGGUUUUUCUUUGCUACUUGAACAGCAGCAAUAAAAGUGUUUAUUUUUGAUCAAUAAAAGGAUUAUAGAUUUAUAAAAGCCUUUUAGCCUUGAGGUGCCUUCUGAAGUUAACCAAAUUUCAUCCAUAUACCCUUUGUAAAUUUAUAAAUAAUGUCAGAGUCUGCCAUUAGAUCAAUCUUUAGUUUCUAGGUUCUUCCAUCUUACAAGAAAAUUGCUAUGUUUUAGUCUUCCAUUAAGCUAUUAAUUUUUACUUUUGUAACCUCCCUAUUGUUCAGAAUGGUGGCUGUUGAUUUUUUUAUUUAAGGUGUCUGUUGACUCUGAAACAAAAGUGAGAAGUGUGGCAGAUUGACUGUAAUAAAAACCAAAUUCAUAUCCAGGACUUUGUACUGUUCAGUUUGUACCACUGAAUAAAGUAUACUAAAUGAGAGAGGACCGGGUUCUCAAAUUCUAUACUGUUUCUUUUUUAUUGAUUAAUUUGGUGCGGAUUCUGCAGUUCUGCUGUGAAACUGUAAUUCUGUUAAAGAAUGAUGUCAACAUAGGAUGUGAUAUGGAAUACUGUUUAAUGGGAUACCUCCUUAGAUGGUAUCUUGAAUCUUUAUAUGACCAUCUAAAUAAAGCUGUCAGUUCAUUCACCUGGUUAAAUGAACCACAUUUUAUUCAAAUUGUUCCAAGGUCAAUUCUUUCCACUGUCAGAAUCUAUAUUCAGUCUUGAUAAAUGCUCAGGUUUGAUCCUCUUAACCUUACAGUUUUAAGUUGUACAUGACAUCUUGUGAGAUGAAGAACUGCCAGUUUGUGUGCCCUCCUAGUCUGUGUGUGUGUACAUGUGUGUGCGGCCUGGUUUCUGAUUUUUUAAAUCUCUAAAUUGCUUAUUGAAAAAUCACUUGAAGCUUUUAUUCAAUGGUUAGCACUGGAUGCUUAUGUCUAUACUUCACAAGAACAAAAUAAAAACCUUGCAGCCUCUCUGCAGCAGUAUAGGAUACUGUUCUAGAUUUAACAUCUGUCAUAUCAUUGUUUGUUGUUGAAAGCAGACAAAACAAUAUAUUUUCAUGCAGAACAAGAUCCAAUUAAAUGAUCAAUUCUUUUUGGAAGGACAAAGCUACCAGUCACUAAGGUGAUUAUUUCAGAAAGUGAUGUGCAGUCUAAUAAGUUACAGUUCUCAUUGUCUUUCCCCAUCGUGAUUUUUUUUUCAGAAGUGCAAUACAAAUUGACUGCUAGGGCAGAGUAAAUCAGAGCCAGUCUCAAAGGAAAUUGGAAGUUGUAAUAAGAGCAGUUUACUACCUGAAAAACAUUCCCUGUGUGUAAUUAAUAGCAUUGAUACAGGUUUGCUGUACUUAUUGGUAUGAGGGUAGGGGAUACAACUUUCAGCAAAUCUGAAUUUCUGUUUCCAUUUUUUUAUAUAUAGAUGGAGAACAGGGCAUGAACUUUGUGCUGAUAUUGCAACAAUGUGCAUUUAUUCAAAGUUUUGCCCACACAGAAUAGUUAUUGCUUAUGAUCUGUUAAAGGAACCAACUGAAAAGUGUUUUAUGCACAUGCGUGUACCCUUUGUCUAAGGUGAUAUCAAAUAUAUGUAAAGGCUUCUUCUCUUAUGAGAAUUGGUAUGCACACACAACAUCCUACCAACAACACAGCAAUUGUAAAAUUUACUCUAACCCUCCUGCAAAUUGUUAGCAAGAGGCAAGUUUGGGACAUAGCCAUUUCAAGCCAUUUCAAUUUCUAUUUAGUAUAAAUUGAAGUUUUCUUUUUGAUACCAUGUUUUCUUAAGUUCCAAUCAGUAAUGACUUGAAAUAAUUGUUUUCCAUUGACAUUCAGCAAUACCAUUUCUAGAGAUUAAAUUUUAUUUUAUGGAAUUAGUAACUGUUUGGAAAGUAGGUAAUUAAAGCAAUUAUUUAUUUUUCUUAUGUUUGUAUUAGGCUUUAGUUUUUACAUAAAUCUUUUUAUAUACUUGUCUGUUAUUUAAAAAUGAUCUGUGGUCUUAAUUUAAGGAUUGAGCUUUCGUUGGUACUAUCCACAGUUUGAAAAUGUCAUAUUUUGAUAAUACUAUACUGUAACUAUUGCACACAAUGGCUUUUCUAAUGUUUUAACAACAUUGAAUAUUGCAGUUAUUACUCUGUAUUGAGGAAGGUUCACUGCAAUAAAAGGGAGUGAAUUAAAGUAA